AUGCGACGGGAAGGAGAGAAGACUUACUUUUUGAGUGUUGGCGUUUGGUUUGGUUUGGUUUGGGUUAGGAGAAUUUCGUAGGGGAGUGCAGCCGUUGCAGAAAGAAACCUAAUAUUCAGUCAGAUCAAAAAUGGAAUUCCCGUUCGGGCAUCACGCUCACACGCGCCACCACAAGAGGGAGGAAGGGAGUGACUACCCGCCACCGAGCUUCGGAGAUGGAAGCCCUCUUUAUCCACCGCCAUCAAGCGAACCGCCACCGCCGCCUCCUCCCUUCGGAGAUGGAAGCCCUCUUUAUCCACCGCCAUCAAGCGAACCGCCACCGCCGCCUCCUCCCUUCGGAGCUGGGAACCUUCCUCCUCAUCCACCGCAAUCCUAUUCAUAUUAUGGUGCUAACAGCGAAGCGCCACUAGGUGGAGGAGGAGGAGGAGGAACUCAUGUGCGUCAUAGCUCCCAUCACGUAGGGGGAGGAAUCUUGGAUCAUCAUUCGAUGCAUCCUCAACCGCCACCAUCCCACAACUUCGAUUUUCCAGAGCAUCACGUUCACGGAGGAGGAUAUUCUCCCCCUCAACCACAACCACAACCACAACCGGCUGAUUCUUAUCACUAUUCACCCCAUCUGCCCUCUAUCCACCACCACCACCGCCCCCACGGCUCUGAAUUGGACGAAAAACCCACUGUUAGGGUCUUCACUAAGGCCCGGACUGAUUACUCCCUCACCAUCCGCGACGGAAAGGUCCUUCUUGCGCCUUCCGACCCAUCCGAUCCAUUUCAGCACUGGAUCAAAGAUGAAAAGUAUAGCACCAGAGUCAAGGACGAAGAGGGCUUUCCUAGCUUUGCUCUGGUCAAUAAAGCCACUGCUCAGGCCAUCAAGCACUCCAUAGGCGCCACUCAUCCUGUGCAGCUGAUCCCAUACAAUUUAACUGUUCUCGACGAGUCAAUACUAUGGACCCAGAGCAAGGACUUGGGUGAUGGUUACAGAGCAAUAAGGAUGGUUAAUAACAUUCGCCUCAAUGUUGAUGCCUUUCAUGGUGAUAAGAAUCAUGGAGGUGUUCACGAUGGCACUACCAUUGUUCUCUGGGAAUGGAAGAAAGGAGACAAUCAGCGAUGGAAGAUCAUUCCAUACUGAGGAUAUUAUGGAGUGGUGUCCGACUGUGAAUGGUGGGAGUGCCUUGUGCAUGCAUAAUAAUAGCGAAGAAGAGAGAGGAUAGGCUGUACAUUCGGAUGUGAGUAGUUUGUGUUUGCCCAUGCGAUGCCCAGACGUCAAUUGGUUGUAUCAUUUUUCUAUAUCUGGAUGGAUGGAUCACACAAGAAGCUAAUAGUACUGGCAGUGUGUUCUGUGUUUAUCAUCUCUCUCUUUAUCUCUUUAUCCGUGCUGUGUGAAGAGUGUGAAAGUAGUGGCUGUGGUUGUGGGUUGUGUUGUCAGGGAAGACAAGACUCUUGGUCUAGUACUGUUGUUGCAUCGCAUUGCAUUUGCAUGCAACUUAAUUUAGAAAUUUGAUAAUAUUUGAUAUGCGCUCUUCUUCUGCUCA